AUCCAGCUCACUUCUGCUCUUGUACUUUAUAGACAUUUAGGCUGAAACUCAUCAACAUUUUUCUCUUCUACAAUUUGAUCAGUUUUUUUUUUUUAGUUCUUUUAACUGUCUCCAAUCAACACUCCAAUGGAGAAAAAAAUCGACAUUGUCUGUCAUGAGUGUGAUCCUUCAAGUGCUACACAAGUUCCAGAGGCUCUUUUAAGGUCGGAAGGAGAAUUGACAUCCAUUAAAGCUAGGCAGAAAAAAGUGCGGGAAGCACUUAAAAAAUUUAAUGUUAUUAUACCAGAGGAUAAAGAGCCUCCUGUAAUUGCUGUUUUGGGAUCUGGUGGUGGACUUCGUGCCAUGGUUGGUUUUCUUGGUGUCCUUGGUGAACUGGCCAGAGAAGGUCUUCUGGAUGUUAUUACAUAUAUUUGUGGCAUCUCUGGAUCAACCUGGACUAUGUCUACCCUGUAUAAUAAUGAAAAGUGGUCAUCAUGCAUGGUUGAGAUGGAGCAUCAGAUAAUUGAGCGUCUAUUAAAUCCCUCAAUGAACUUGGAAAAAAUGUGGGAAAAGCUAAAACGGAGUUUUUCUGAAGAAAUGUUUUCACUGACUGAUUUUUGGGCAUACGUGUUUGUUCAUAAAGUCAUUAGUGAAAUUAAUGAAAAAACAUUGUCCAAUCAUCAGACAUCUUGUGAGAUUGGAGAAAAUCCUUAUCCUGUCUAUGCUGCUAUAGAAAAGGACUCUCUAAAUAAAUUUCAGCCAGGGGCCUGGGUCGAGUUUACACCUCACCUGGUUGGAUUCCCAGCAUACAAUUCAUUUGUCAGAACUGAGCUCCUGGGCAGUCAAUUCAGUGAAGGGAAAUUAGUGAAGAAUUAUCCAGAGUGGGACAUCUGUUAUCUCCAAGGAAUGUGGGGCAGUGCGCCUGCAAAUAAUAAUGCAAUUAAAAAUUUCAUCAAAGACAGAAUUCAUAAACUUUUCCCGAAUAUUACAAAUGAAGGGUCCGGCAGUGAGGUUCGUCAGCUAUCAAAUAUUGAAGGAUCACAGGACUCAGAGGAACCCUGCUUGUGCAAUGGAUGCCAAAAGGUGGUGUCCUUACUCUCAAACCAUGAUCUUCUUGAGAUGACCCAUGCAAAGAUGGAGAUGUUGUUUGGGGAUUCUGAUAAAAAUGUAGAAGGUUUUUGCGAAAAAGUGAAUCUGGUACAAAAUAUACUGCAAUGUUUUGUCCAUUGGAAGUGGGGAACCACUAAUAACUUUCUGUACAAAUGGAGCAGUAAUAUCCCCGAUGACCUCCACAGCAAAGAGUACUUAUCUCUAAUUGAUGCCGGACUGGAAAUAAAUUCUGCAUACCCAUUAAUGUUACCACCUAAUCGCAAAAUAGAUCUUAUUUUGUCUUUUGACUUCAGUGAAGCAGAUCCUUUCUUGACACUAAAAAACACAAAUGAAUAUUGCAAGAUAAAUGGAAUUCCCUUUGUCAAAUUUAACAUAGAAGAUUCCGAAUGUGAAGAGCCAUCUCAAAGUUGCUAUGUGUUUGAAGAAGAUGGCAAAGGGGCUCCUGAUGUGAUGCAUUUUCCUCUUUUUAACAAGCAGAGCUGUGAAGGUAAAAUCCUUGAACUUAGGAAGAAAUAUGUUACUGCCAAUAUGUUUUAUGAUGAAUCAGAGCUUACAGAGGUUUUGAAGAUAGCCAAACAAAAUGUGGAGCUAAAUAAAGAUCGGAUACUAGAGAAAAUUUUGCAAGUCCAGCAGUGUAAAUCAUCUGUUUCAACUCCAUCUGUUUCCUUAAAAGGGUUGGCCAACAAAACAACAUUAUCCAUAGAAUAGGUGAUAUGUGAAUAAUCGCUGGGUCUGACUGUUGGGACCCCCACUGAUCACAGAGGUUCCCAAGUCCUCUGUGUAAAUGGAGUAGCAGCUUGCGUGUGUGAACACCACUCUAUUCACUUUGAUGGGACUGCCAGAGAUAACAGAGCAAUGUAGUCAGCAGUCCUAUAGACACUGAAUGGAACAGUGGCCAUGCACUACUGUUCCAUACACACAGUGGACUUAGGGAUCCCCACUCUCAUGAUCAUUGCAGUCCCAGCACUCCGACCCCUAGCAAUCUUAUAUGUAUCAUCUAUCCUGUAAGUAGCCAAAAAGUCAACAUCUAUACUUAAACAAAAACAAUAAAAUCCUGCAGUUUUCGCACUGGCCACUAAGCCUAAUAAUUGCCG